UUACCGUUGAUCUCCAUCGUGAUUCUGUUUUCACCGUCUGUUCCCUCAAUCUAUUUCUGUUUUGCGUCGCUGCCGGGACGAUAAGCUUUCUCGUUUUGAUACAUUUUCGCAGGUAACUCCUGCAAACUUUGGAGCAUGCUGAAGUGUUUCCUGCAGGCUCUGCUUUUUCUGGGAAAGCCGACAUUAGAGCUGUAAUCUGGCAGUGAGCUGCUGAGUGUGAUGUGAGCUGCACCGCGGACUAACUUUUUGUACCAUGGUAAACCUGGAUUACCUUUCCCUGCUAACGGAGUUUUGAAGCGCGUUCUACCCACGGCAGUGAGCGCCUAGUGGGGAUGUGAUGUGAUGCCUCGGGUUACUGUUUGAAAGUUGGCACCUAAAAUAAAAACCUAAAUCCGGGUGGACAUAAAAUGCAGAAGGGCGUGCGGUACAACGAGGGCCACGCUCUGUUUCUGUCUGUGGUUGCCCGUAAAGAGGGCUCAAAGCGCGGCUUCCUGAGCAAGAAGACCACGGAGAACAGCCGCUGGACCGAGAAGUACUUUGCCCUCUACCAGAACGUGCUCUUCUACUUCGAGAACGACCAAAGCUCGAGACCCUCCGGGAUAUACCUGCUGGAGGGAUGCACGUGCGAGCGGGCACCUGCACCCAAAGUCUCCGCCAUCAGCAAGGAGCCGGUGGAGAAACAGCAGCACUACUUCCUGGUGGUUUUUGGCCACGAUGGACAGAAACCUCUGGAGCUGCGGACGGAGGAAGAGUCCGACUGCAACGAGUGGGUGGAGUCUGUGCAGCAGGCCAGUUACUCUGACAUCAUCAUCGAGCGUGAGAUCCUGAUGCAGAAGUACAUCCACCUGGUGCAAAUCAUGGAGACGGAGAAGAUCGCAGCCAAUCAGCUCCGCACUCAGCUGGAGGACCAGGACACGGAGAUCGAGAGGCUCAAAGCUGAGAUUGUUAUGAUGAACAAAACCAAGGAGAGGAUGCAGCCUUACCACAACAACCAAGAGGAGGAAGACCCAGAUAUUAAAAAGAUCAAAAAGGUUCAGAGCUUCAUGCGAGGCUGGCUGUGUCGGAGGAAGUGGAAGAUCAUCGUCCAGGACUACAUCUCCUCCCCUCACGCUGAGAGCAUGAGGAAGAGGAACCAGAUCGUCUUCAACAUGGUGGAGGCAGAGACAGAGUACGUCCACCAGCUCUCCAUCCUCGUCAACUGUUUCCUGCGGCCGCUCCGCAUGGCGGCCAGCUCCAAGAAACCUCCCAUCAGCCACGAUAACGUCAGCACCAUCUUCCUAAACAGUGAGACCAUCAUGUUUUUGCACGAGAUCUUCCAUCAAGGUCUGAAUGCUCGGAUCGCCAACUGGCCCACUCUAGUUCUUGCGGACCUGUUUGACAUCCUGCUGCCGAUGCUGAACAUCUACCAGGAGUUUGUGCGUAACCACCAGUACAGCCUGCAGGUUCUGGCUACCUGUAAGCAGAACAGAGACUUCGACAAGCUGCUCAAACAGUACGAGUCCAACGCUGCCUGUGAGGGCCGCAUGCUGGAGACCUUCCUCACCUACCCCAUGUUCCAGAUUCCACGGUACAUCAUCACUCUUCAUGAGCUGCUGGCUCACACACCUCAUGAGCAUGUGGAGCGAAAGAGUCUGGAGUUUGCCAAAUCCAAACUGGAGGAGCUGUCGAAGAUGAUGCACGAUGAGGUGAGCGACACUGAGAACAUCAGGAAGAAUCUGGCCAUAGAGAGGAUGAUUGUAGAGGGCUGUGACAUCCUUUUAGACACCAGUCAGACUUUUGUCAGACAAGGCUCUCUCAUCCAGCUGCCGUCCAGCAGCGAGCGGGGGAUGCUCAGUAAAGUCCGCCUGGGCUCCCUCUCUCUAAGGAAGGAAGGAGAGCGCCAGUGUUUCCUCUUCACCAAACACUUCCUCAUCUGUACACGAACAUCUGGAGGAAAGCUUCACCUGCUGAAGCAAGGAGGCACGUUGUCUCUGAUAGAGUGCACCCUAAUUGAAGAACUAGAGGCCAAUGAUGAGGACUACAAUGCAGCAGGUCAAGGCUUCAACCACCUGGAGUUUAAGGUCGUGGUGGAGCCUCCUGACGGUCAGGCCUUCUCUGUCGUCCUCUUGGCUCCUUCACGCCAAGAAAAGGCCGCCUGGACCAGUGAUAUCAGCCAGUGCAUCGAUAAUAUCCGAUGUAACGGCCUGAUGACCAGCGUCUUUGAGGAGAACUCCAAAGUAUCGGUGCCGCACAUGAUCAAAUCCGAUGCCCGUCUGCAUAAAGACGACAUCGACAUCUGCUUCAGUAAGACCCUGAACUCCUGUAAGGUCCCUCAGAUCCGGUAUGCCAGCGUGGAGCGGCUGCUGGAGCGACUCACUGACCUGCGCUUCCUCUCCAUCGACUUCCUGAACACCUUCCUCCACACCUACAGGAUCUUCACCACGGCGGCCGUCGUCAUCGACAAGCUGGCCGACAUCUACAGGAAGCCGUUCACCUCCAUACCUGUCAGGAUCGAGCGGCUUUCAUGUGACCGUCUGUCCAUCAUGUCCCUCUGUCCUGACUACAGUCUGAAGAUCACACAGCUGGCCCUGGACCAGUCCAAGUCUCUGGAGCUCUUCUUCGCCACCAACCAGGGCUCAUGGGGGACGGACCCUCUGAACAACAAAUCCCCGAGGCUGAUCCGCAAGUUUUCCUCUCCUCCGCCCCUCAUCCUCUCCUCCCGCACCUCCUCCCCCGUCCACUGCCGCAAGCUCUCCCUCAAUUGCCCCAUCAGUGGAAAACCAGGAGUCUUGGAUAUGUCCCCCACCUCUUCUGCAGCCAACUCCCCCACCUUCAGUCACUGCCCCUCCAUCUCCUCCCCUCCUCCCAACUCACCCAGGCCUACCUCUGGCUUUUUCUCCUCUCUGCCCACCGCCCCGCGCUCUCCCAGCCUCCCCCAUGCCUCUGGAGUUUCCUCCCCGCCCCCCACCUCCACCAAGGCCCCCAUGGACUUCAGCCGCGGUCCCGGGUCCCCAGAGCCGAGCCCAGCUGCCGGGGAGGACGUCAGCGGAGAGCUGCCUCGCUUAGACGCCUUCUGUGGGAAGCUGAGGCGCAGCAUCCGCAGGGUUGUCCUGGAGUCAGUUUCUAUGGACAAGUUUCUCCCUGAAACACCGGCCAGCAGCGAGCCGGGCGACAUGUCUCCCUGUCGCUCGCCUUCAACCCCGAGACACCUCCGCUUCAGACAGUCAGGAGUCACACCCGGGGAUAACUCGCGCUGCCCGUUGUCGCCAGCUUCAGCGUUUGCAAUCGCCACAGCUGCUGCGGGGCAUAGCAGCACCCCGAGUUUUAGUAAUUCUGACAAAGUCUGUGACAAGGAAUUCAUCAUCCGGAGAGCUGCGACCAACAGAGUUCUCAACGUGCUGCGACACUGGAUUUCCAAGCACUCUCAGGACUUUGAAAUGAACAUUGAGCUGAAGAUGGGGGUGAUCAAUCUGCUGGAGGAGGUGCUGCGAGACCCUGACCUGCUGCCUCAGGAGAGGAAAGCAACAUCAAACAUUUUAAGUGCACUUUCUCAAGAAGAACAAGAUGAUGCUCAGCUGAAGAUAGAGGACAUAUUACAGAUGGCCGAGAGUCCUAAAGCGGAGUGUUUUGAGUCCCUCUCAGCCAUGGAGCUUGCAGAGCAGAUCACAAUGCUGGACCACAUCGUGUUCAGGAGUAUUCCCUACGAGGAGUUCCUCGGUCAGGGCUGGAUGAAGGUCGACAAAACAGAGAGGACUCCGUACAUCAUGAAGACCAGCCAGCAUUUCAAUGAUAUGAGUAACCUGGUGGCGUCUCAGAUCAUGGCCCACACUGACGUUGGCUCCCGAGCUAACUCCAUAGAGAAGUGGCUGGCAGUGGCCGAUAUCUGCCGCUGCCUCAACAACUACAACGGCGUGCUGGAGAUCACCUCGGCUCUGAACCGCAGCCCCAUCUACAGGCUGAAGAAGACCUGGGCCAAAGUCUGCAAACAGACAAAGGCGCUCAUGGACAGGCUGCAGAAGACUGUGUCAACGGAUGGACGGUUCAAGAAUCUCAGAGAGACACUGAAAAACUGUAACCCUCCAUGUGUUCCGUACCUGGGCAUGUACCUCACUGACCUGGCUUUCAUUGAGGAGGGAACACCCAACUUCACAGAGGAAGGCCUGGUUAACUUCUCCAAAAUGAGGAUGAUUUCUCAUAUUAUCCGGGAGAUUCGUCAGUUUCAGCAAGCACCUUACAGGAUAGAGCACCAGCCCAAGGUGACUCAGUUCCUCCUGGAUAAGACACUAGUGAUGGAUGAAGAUACCCUCUAUGAUCUCUCGCUGAAGAUCGAACCCCGAGUACCCCCUGGCUAACUUCAUUACACACAAACAUAUUCUCUUUACAAUAUUAACUAUAAUUAAACACAACUUGAGUUUCUUUCUUAAUGGCGGGGGUCGUUUCAUAAAACACCCCGAGUUAUUGUGCUAAGGAAACUCGGGAGAAAAUGUGCCUUGUUGUGUAAAUAUCUGAUGUGUAUAGUAAACAGAAUGAACUGUAUAACAUACACAACUCUGCCAUACAAUCGUACAGUUAUGACUGUAGAAACAACCAUGUUAACUACUUAAACAUGGCACUAGAAAUUAACAUGUUGCUGCUAUCACGUUGUAAAUACUAAACAACCUGCCUCUGUAGUCUUGCACAUAAACAUUGUUAGAUGAUUUUUAGAUGAUUUGUAUGAUAAUGGCCAGAUUAAUCUGCUCAGUCCCCGGGUAUCAUUUUGUGCAGCAUUUACACAGAAUACAUCAAAGUAACUUGAUGCUGUGUUCAAAGACAUGUUGCUCACUGGGAGCAAACAGUCCCUUGUUUGGCCACUUGGGGCAGCAGAACAAGCUGGAAACAUGAUUAUGAAUUUUUACUUUGAGCUCUGUUUUGGUCUCCACCAACUCUUUAGAGGAAUAUCAGUUAAAAAGCUUCACUUUCCCAACAAGCUUUUCUUAAAAUGUGUGUGUUUGCUACACAGUGUUUUUUAUAUAGAGAUUAAAAAAAAAAAAAGAUCAAAAAACAG